AUGAGUUCUUACAAUUCUGAAACAAAAAUUUGGUCGAGUAAUGGUCGACCAUCGAUUUAUAAUCCAAAAGCGAGUCUCGGUGAAGUUCUUUUGCAUUCUCUAAAAAGAAAUCCCGAUAAAAUUUGUGAAAUAAGUGACGAUUAUGGAACGCAACUUACUUUUGGUGAACUUAUGAAACGGAGCAUUCAAGUUGCUGAAGCUUUAAAAGAAGAUUUUGGAGUUAAGUUCGGAGAUGUUGUUUCGAUCGUCAGCAAAAAUAAUCCUGAAGUUUCAUCUGUAGCAUUUGGAUGUAUUUUCAAUGGAUGUAUUAUAAACUCGUUGGAUGUAUUUUUGGCUCAAAUAGACUUUGAUCACAUGAUUGGAAUGACGAAACCAAAAGUUCUGUUUGCUGAAGUUGAAGUAAUUGAAAAAGUUCAAAAAGCAAUCGAGAAGUGUAAGCUUGAUACGAAAGUUUUCUGUUUUGCUGAUAUUUUUGGAAAAACUUAUUCGGGAAUCACACCUAUUCAAUAUUUCUUCAAGAAACCUCUUGAAUUUGAAAUUCAAGAUUACGUUCCGGCUUACAUUGAAGAUACAAAAAAUCAUAUUGCUUUCAUUAUAUGUUCAUCUGGAUCAACAGGCUUAAGCAAAGGAGUUUGUAUAUCACACGCUCAAAUCAUUUCCCAAACUUUACGUCUGUGGCAACUUUACGAAUAUGACAUAGUAUACGUCUCAAAUACGUUAUUUGCUCUUACAGGAUAUACGACUUUGUUAACGGCAACUGUUGAGGGAGCAACACGUAUUAACUCAACAAAUCCUCUAACACCUGAACUAUUCUUCUAUUUGAUCGAGAAAUACAAAGUUAGUUUUACAUUUGCAUCUACAGCACUUAUCGCUCAAUGCUUGGAUUUCCCCGAACUUUCAAAGAUCAAUCUUUUAUCUGUAACUCGUUGUGUUACUGGCGGAAGUCAUUUGCUUGAAGAGCUUCGAGUUUCAUUUGAAAAACUUUUGAAAAAUGGAAAGCUACUUGUUUGUUAUGGAAUGACUGAAACUGCAACAGCAUCGACUUGUAAUUCUGUUGGAAAAUCUGGAUCUGUUGGUUCUUUACAAAAUGAAACUCAAAUGAAAAUUGUUUCAAGUGAGGGAAAAUUGUUAGGUCCAAAUGAACAAGGCGAAAUUUGUAUUUCAAGUUCUCAUCUAUGUCUCGGAUAUUAUGAAAACGAAGAAAAAACAAAAGAACUUUUUGAUGAAGAUGGUUGGAUUCGCUCAGGAGACAUGGGAUAUUUUGACGAAGAAGGUUACUUGUUCAUUGUUGGAAGAAUUAAAGAACUCAUCAUAUACAGAGGACUAAAUAUUGCACCCGGAGCAAUUGAAACACUCGCUAAAGAUUAUACUGGCUUAUCACAGGUUUGUGCAGUUCCUAUUGAAGAUUACAAACAGGGAACUGAAUUGCCAGCUUUAGUUGCAAUUCGCCCGAAAGAUUUCCCUUUGAGUCAAGAAGAGAUUGUGAAAGUUCUCGACGAGAAAUUAGAUGGAAAAAGAAAACUUUUAGGCGGCGUUUACUUCGUUGAUAGUUUUCCACAAACUGCUUCGGGAAAAGUUUUACGAAGAGAAUUAAAAGAAAAAGCAAAUCGUUUAUACCACAAAAAACAAAAUGAUGUAAUGGUAAUCUGAAAUAAACAUAG